AUGGAAGAGGCAGUUAAUGACGUUAACAUAAGUAAUGCUAAAUUGACAUGGAGUGCACGUGAAAUAUUGCGCAAUAUUCUGCUGAAUUGUCUUAAAAUAGAAGAACAGGAGUAUGCAGCUUCGCCAACAGAUGAGACAAUAUCAACUAUACGUUAUUGUCCAACAGUUUUUGAUGGGUUUGCCUGUUGGAACAAAACGCCCGCCGGUACAACUGUUUGGCAAAAAUGCCCCAACUUCCUCGAAGGAUUUAAUCCGAAACAACUGGCAUUUAAAAGAUGCAAGCCUGAUGGAACGUGGUUCGUUCAUCCAGAAUCAAAUAAAACGUGGUCCAAUUAUACAACGUGCGUUGAUACAGACGACCUACGCUUCAGAGAAUUCAUAAAUGAUCUCUAUGUAAUUGGCUACACUGUUUCAUUGCUAACCUUAUUGAUUUCGUUAUUUAUUUUCUACUGCUUCAGGAGAUUGAAAUGCACAAGGAUUCGCAUUCAUGUUCAACUUUUUUUGUCUCUCAUUCUGAGUUGCAUACUUUGGAUAUGUUGGUACAAAUUUGUCGUCGAUGUUCCUGAAAUUAUCAUAGGAAAUCCUACUUGGUGUGUCAUUCUACAUCUGUUCAUACAUUAUUUUAUGUUGUCGAAUUAUAUGUGGAUGUUUUGCGAGGGAUUGCACCUACAUCUUGUAUUGGUCGUGGUUUUUGUCAAAGAUAAUGUUGCAUUAAAGUGGUUUUAUACAAUCGGUUGGGGAAUUCCAUUGUGUGUCAUGACUAUUUAUACGUAUAUGCGUUCUCAUUCAAACGAUGACACGGACAAUUGUUGGAUGCACGAAAGUGAAUACAUUUGGAUUCUUACAAUUCCUGUCACAAUUUCACUAUUUGCUUCCGUAUUGUUUUUAAUCAAUGUAAUCAAAGUAUUACUAACGAAACUCCAUCCAUGCACAGGCCAUACAACUCCUGUAGGCAUAAGAAAGGCGGCUCGUGCAACGUGUAUUUUGGUUCCUCUUUUUGGCUUGCAAAAUGUCCUUUUGCCUUUAAGACCUGAUCCAGGAUCCUUUAUUGAGCCAUAUUAUCAAGUAAUUGCUGCGAUUUUAAUUAGUCUACAGGGAUUUUGCGUGUCGGUUCUUUUCUGUUUCGUUAAUCAUGAUGUCAUUUUUGAGAUUCGAGCUUAUUUGUGCAGAACUUUUCCCGAUAUAUUUCAUCAUGUUAGGCGUGAAACAAGCAACAACGUUGUGUUGACAAUAGAUAAACGAACGAGUAUGUAGAUAAAAUUUAAUUGGAGAAACUUUGGAAGAGCUCAAUAGUUAAAAAAUUCAAUGUUUAUUUUGAGGUAAAAAGUUUAUCUUUUCAUACAUUCAAAA